AUGUUGUUUGACAGUUAUGUCAAAUCAAUUCGAACAAUGUCAAUACCGACUCUUUUGACUUCGCUGCAAGUGGCUAUAAACAUUUACACUAUAGCCCUGAAAGUUAUUGUCGUGUAUAUUUACAUGCCAGAACUUCGUAAGACCAGGCCGAUACUAGAUGAAUUCGACAAAAGAAUUCUUUACAAAGAAGAGCGAAAUGUAGCCGCAAAAAUGAUAAGGUUCUGCAGAGGCUUAGUAGUAGUUUCUAUGGUUUCAAACCUUACAUAUUCGGUAAUAACAUUCUUGGCUGCAAUUUGGAACAGGCAACCUCCAUCUGGAAUUUACAUUCCGUUGUGUCAUUGGGAAGACUCAACAACCAAAUUGACAGUUGCCAUAUUACUGGAGUUCUAUCUUAUUAACAUAGCAUGCAUACAAAAUGUCGGCCUUGAUGUCUAUCCGCUGACAUAUAUAUAUAUGGCACGAAUGCAUAUGAAAAUUCUGUGCAUAAGAGUUGAAAAGUUGGGCACUGAUUCCAAGACAUCAAUGGACGAUGAAGUUGGAAACCUUGUGGAUUGCAUUAAGACACAAAAGAAAAUUAUGGAGCUCAUCGAAAUUGUCCGACCUAUCAUAGCUAAAACUAUAUUUAUUCAACUAGUGGUUUCAGCUUGUAUCAUGGUAUUUCCACUAAUAAACAUCAUGAUGUUUGCUGAGAAUCUUCCAUCGGUAUUUGGAUCAAUAGUGUUUCUGUAA